AUUUGGGGAGUGGGCGUGGCCGAACACAUCUCCCUUCUCUGAUUGGUCAGCUCGGUGUUGCUCCAGUGCAGUCGCCAAAACGGGUCGUGUUGGUUUCAGAAGUCAUCAUGGCGCUCACUCCGCCAGUCGAAGAGCACCCAUAUAACCAUCUAAUUGACACCCUGAAAGACGGCAGGAUCAAGUUCUUCAAUCCACAGAAACUAAACGAUCCAAGAUAUGACAAGCUGCCUCUGUCCAUCCGCGUCUUACUGGAGGCAGCAAUCCGUAACUGUGAUGGCGUCUACACUAAAGAAGACGACGUCCAGAACCUUCUGGAUUGGCAGCAGCAGCAGAAUGAAGCCGAGGUGCCGUUCUCUCCAGCGCGAGUCCUUCUUCAGGACUUCACUGGUAUUCCUGCCAUGGUGGACCUGGCAGCCAUGAGGGACGCUGUGGCCAAACAUGGCGGGGACCCCGGACUGGUCAACCCUAAAUGCCCCACAGACCUCAUCGUAGACCACUCAUUACAGAUCGACUACAGCAAGUGCUCCAUACAGAAUGCACCAAACCCCGGUGGAGGCGACGGUCCAAACCAAAGCCAGGGUCCUUCCCGUUCCACGCCCUCCAGGCGGGGCUCACAGUGCGGGGCCCAGCGGGGCUCCUGUAGCAAAGCUACCUGCAGUGACCCUCCAGCCUCCGCUGGUCAACCUGCAGCCUCAGUCCAGCAGAUCGAGAACACUCCUCUCCUCUGCCCUUUCCACCUGCAGCCUGUGUCUGACACUGAAACAGCUCUGAAGAAUCAGGAAGUGGAACUCAUCAGAAACAAAGAGAGGCUUCAGUUCUUUAAGUGGUGUUCCAAAGCCUUUAAGAAUGUGAACGUGGUUCCUCCGGACGUCGGUGCGGUCCACCAGGUGAAUCUGGAGUAUCUGUCCAGAGCGAUCCAGGUCACCGACGGUUUCAUCUACCCCGACAGCGUGGUGGGAACCGACUCCCACACCACCAUGAUCAAUGGCCUGGGCAUCCUGGGUUGGGGUGUUGGGGGAAUUGAGUCAGAAGCGGUGAUGCUGGGCCAGCCGGUGUCUCUGACCCUUCCUCAUGUGGUGGGCUGUAAACUGGUGGGCUCCAUCAACCCUCUGACCACCUCGAUCGACAUCGUCCUCGGCAUCACAAAGCACUUGCGGCAAGCUGGGAUCGCUGGAAAGUUUGUGGAGUUCUUUGGACCUGGUGUCUCCCAGCUAUCGGUUCCCGACCGGACCACCAUCGCCAACAUGUGCCCAGAGUACAACGCCACCGUCAGCUUCUUCCCCGUGGACCAAGUCACCCUCAAGCACUUUAAAAAGACGAAUUUUACCGAGGAAAAACUUGAAUUACUGGAGUCUUACAUGCGAGCUGUAAAACUUUUCCGAAGCUAUGGAGAGCCCUCAGAAGACCCUCAGUACUCUGAGGUGAUUGAGAUCAACCUGAGCUCCAUCGUGCCCUGUGUGAGUGGACCGAAGAGGCCCCAGGACCGAGUGGCGGUCAGCAGCAUGAAAGAAGACUUCCAGAGUUGUCUGAAUGAGAAGGUUGGCUUCAAAGGCUUCCACGUCUCCAAGGAGAAGCAGGACAAGCGCGUUCCUUUCCUGCACUGUGGUCAGGAGUACCAGCUGGCCCACGGCUCGCUGGUCAUCGCUGCCGUUAUCAGCUGCACCAACAACUGCAACCCGUCCGUCAUGCUGACUGCAGGUCUACUGGCCAAAAAGGCUGUGGAGGCGGGGCUUGUUGUCAAGCCUUAUAUUCGGACCAGCUUGGCUCCUGGAAGUGGCAUGGUCACUCACUACCUCAAUACCAGUGGAGUCCUGCCUUACUUUAGCCAGCUAGGGUUUGAGGUGAGCGGUUACGGCUGUGCCACCUGUGUCGGGAACACGGCCCCGUUACCCGACGCCGUCGUGGAUGCGAUCAAACAGGGGGAUCUGGUGGCCUGCGGCGUGCUGUCUGGCAACAGGCACUUCGAAGGGCGCCUGUGUAACUGCGUGCGCGCCAACUACCUGGCCUCCCCGCCCCUGGUGGUGGCGUACGCUCUCGCGGGGACGGUGGGAAUCGACUUUGAGAAGGAGCCCGUGGGUGUGACCUCCGAGGGGAAGGAGGUGUAUCUCUGUGAUAUCUGGCCGUCCAGGGAGGAGGUCCAGCAGACUGAGGAGGACACGGUCAUCUGCUCCAUUUUUAAGGAUCUCAGGGGAAGGAUGGAGAAAGGGAACACACUUUGGAACAACAUUGAAUGUCCAGAUUCGGUGCUCUUCCCCUGGGAUCACAAGUCCACAUACAUCCGUUCGCCGUCUUUCUUCAGCAAGUUGAGUAAAGAGGUGCCUCCUCCUCCGUCGAUAGAGAACGCUCACGUCUUGCUGUUCCUCGGGAACAAAGUGCUGACGGACCACAUCUCGCCAGCGGGCAGCAUCGCCCGGGUCAGCGCCGCUGCCAAGUACCUGCUGAGCAAACGCCUGACGCCGCGGGAGUUCAACUCGUACGGCGCUCGCAGGGGGAACGACGCGGUGAUGACCAGAGGCACGUUCGCCAGCAUCAAGCUCCAAAAUCGCUUCAUCGGCAAACCGGGCCCCAAAACUUUGCACAUUCCUUCAGGCCUGACGCUGGAUGUCUUCGAGGCAGCCGAUCGCUAUCAGAGAGACGGCGUUCCCCUCAUCAUCCUGGCGGGCAAAGACUACGGCUCGGGAAACUCCAGGGACUGGGUCGCCAAAGGCCCGUACCUGCUGGGGGUACGCGCGGUCAUCGCCGAGAGCUUCGAGAAGCUGCACAAGAAUCAGCUGGUGGGGAUGGGCAUCAUGCCGCUCCAGUUCCUGCCCGGCGACAGCGCGGACUCGCUGGAGCUCAGCGGGAAGGAGAGGUUCACCAUCACCCAGCCGGACAGCCCGAGUCCGAGGCAGCGGCUCACAGUCCAGACCAGCCAAGGAAAGUCCUUCUCCGUCACCGCGCUGUUCGACACGGAGAUGGACGUCACAUAUUUCCGACACGGGGGCCUCCUUCGAUACGUCGCUCGGACUCUGCUCUGAAAAAACGUCCCGCAGCCCGACUGAAUGUUGCACCCCAGCGGUCUUCAUCGCGUCACCGGUCUCGUCUUCAAGUUCUGACGAAGAACCCAGUCGCUCGUCGGAGUGACAUUGAUGAUGAUGAUGAUGAUGAUGAUGAUGAUGAUGAUGAUGAUUUGUCCGUUUUCGAGCUGGAUGAACCUCUCCGGACUUUUGGAGUUGUUUUCUUUUUCCCCCGACCUGAGCUACACGUGACCUUUCUUCUUCAACGUUUCUCCUCACGAGAAGACGACUAGUGACAUUCGCUCAAUGAGGAGACUUGAACCCAAGACGACCUUUUAAACAUCCUUUUUAAUCAUUCUUUCUUGUUUUAUUGCGUUGGGAGACCGGAUUUGCUGCGUACUGAGGGGACGGUUUGUCAUAGAGUUUCUGCUUCUGUUGACGCCUAGAAAGGCGCACAUGGUGCUCGCGGUACUGCGGCGUGAAUACUUAUUUUUUAAUUUUUUAAGGGUAUAUCCUGUUUUUACCAACAUCCAAGUAAAGUCUCAUUUUGCAGAAUUAAAGUCGUUAUGUGGGAAAUGUGAAAUCCCUCUUGGCGGCAUCACUAAGCUACAUAAACAUGUCCCCCAUCUCCCACCGACAGCUUCCCAUUAAAGGUAAAUUAUAAAUCAUGAAAGUUUCUCGUCCUUAAUAAUGCAUUAAUAAUAAUCCAUAACGGUUUAAUUACAUUUUGACACAUUUAGUCUUCGUACCCAAAGUAUUAAAUAUUAUCUAAAUGCAAUAUUAUAAGUUUAACAGCUUUUAAAUCUCGGGAGACUGGCGGCCUGCAGCGUUCAGAGGUUUUACACCGACGGCUCGUGAGAUGCAUUGUGGGUAAUGUUGGCGACGGGCUUUGAGGAGAAAAAAAAUGUGUGGGGUACGGCAAGAAAGCGGAUGACUGUAUUUCCCCAAAGUUAUUAUUAUUAUAAUAAUUUUUUUAACAUAUUCUCAACUGGACCCUUUUUAAUUUAUUUAAUUUUUAUUUAUUUUUUUUACUCGUCCCGGUCGUGACUCGGAUGUGGAGUUAAAAACUGCUUGAAAGUGACGCGUCAUCAUGUCCCUUCAUGGCGUCGGCGUUUCUCACUUAGACUUCUGUCUCUUAUUGACUAUAAAUAAAUAAAGCAUGAGGAGAUUAUCAAAUCAAUUGUAGUGGGAAAAAAUUAUAACAAAUGCUCAUUUUUCCAGCUUCUAUCGUAGUUUGACCUGAACUGUAAGUGAAUGGAUGGACAGCAGCCCGGCCUAAAAUACAGGUAUUCUUAAAUGUAUAUGUAUUACAUGUGCUGAGGGAUCGGACUUCAUUUUUUUUGUUUGUCAGCUCGGUAUCAUUUUGUGCAUGUUUUCAAAAUCAUUUUGACGCAGUAAAAAGUUUGUGUUGGCUAACGGCACUUUAUAAAACCA